GCGCCGCUGGGUGAGUCCCUCUCUCGGCCGUCGCUGCAUCCAUUGCUCCGCUCUUCCGAAGAAAAGAGAAGGACUGGGUCCGGGGAGGAGGAGGGCCCCCGCUGCCGCCGCCGCCGCCGUCGCCGCCAUUAUCGGAAAGCUGCCUCAAAUCGCACUUUCACCCACGCGAUCUGCUCCCAAAAGCGGGACGUGAACACUUCCGAUCGCCCAGUGGAUGUUUCGUCGGAGACGAAACGGCUGCUCGAUUGCAACCGACUGGUCCGUUUUGUGUAAGGCGUGUGCGACCGGCCCAGCAUUAAAUGUGCACAACAAUGGACACAGUAAUGAGUGAAAACCAAGCAACGUGGUGAAGCCAGCACAGGAACGGUUUAGUACGAUUCUUUUUUUUUUUUUUUGGACACCGGGAUCUUUUUUCCUGAAGGAAAAAACGUAUGCUCAAACAUCGGAUUGUUCUCAUUUUGCGCGUGUGGAUAUUUAUUGCCUUUCCAGUGUUUUUCAAUUGCAACAACGGAGGGAGCAAGUGAUGCCGAAGAGGAGAAAGGCAAGCACGGGACCUGGCUUUCAAAGGGGAUGAAUGAAGGCACCAUCUUCACAUAUCACCGCACUGCUUCUUGAAUUCAAAAUAGAUGCCCUGCAGAAGGAACUGAAAUUUGAGCCCAUCGCCAACUUUAUGGACAAACCUUCGAGCGAACUUUUUUUACACAGUGCCUGUUUAUGGCAGGAUGAUCGUCGGUAGCUUAUGAUGGCAAAAAAGCAAGAUGUUCGGUCCCCCAUUUACAACCUCAUCGUGGUGGGUUUGUCGGGUACGGAGAAAGAAAAAGGACAAUGUGGGGUUGGAAAAUCCUGCCUUUGUAAUAGGUAUGUCAGGCCCAGCGCAGAUGACUUCUACUUGGACCACACAUCCGUGUUGAGCACCAGUGACUUUGGGGGUCGAGUGGUGAACAAUGAUCACUUUCUAUUUUGGGGGGAGGUCUCGCGGCUUCUGGAGGAAGGGCCCGAAUGUAGAAUGCAUAUCGUGGAGCAAACGGAAUUCAUUGACGACCAGACGUUUCAGCCACAUCGUAGCACCGCCAUGCAGCCGUAUAUUAAACGAGCGGCUGCCACCAAGCUGGCGUCCGCGGAGAAGCUCAUGUACUUCUGCACGGAUCAGUUGGGCUUAGAGCAAGACUUUGAGCAAAAACAAAUGCCCGAGGGUAAGCUGCAGGUUGACGGUUUCCUUCUCUGUGUCGAUGUCAGCCGGGGCAUGAACCGCAACUUUGAUGACCAGCUGAAAUUUGUCACAAACCUUUACGGUCACCUCAGCAAGAGCAAGAAACCCAUCGUGUUAGUCCUAACGAAGUGCGACGAAGGAGUUGAACGCUACAUCAAAGAUGCGCAUACCUUUGCGAUCACGAAAAAGAGCCUACCCGUUGUCGAGACGUCGGCGCGUUCAAAUAUAAACGUGGACCUCGCCUUCCUCACUUUGGCUCAGCUUAUCGAUAAAAGCAGAGGCAAGCCCAAGAUCAUUCCCUAUUUCGAAGCACUGAAGCUCCAGAGUCAGCAAAUAGCUUCCGCCAAGGAUCGCUACGAAUGGCUAAUCAACCGGAUCGUGAAGAAUCAUAAUGAAACCUGGCUGAACACCAGUCGACGCAUGAACACCUCCCCAGAAUACAAAGAAUAUGUUUUCUUGGAGGGAACGGCGAAAUGCAAGAAGCUAUUCCAACAGCAUGUUUACCGUCUGAAACAAGAACAUAUCGAGCGGCGCCGUAAAAUCUACCUAAGCACACUUCCUCUCGCACUUAGUUCUUUGGUGCCUGACCUGGAUGAAAUAGAUCAGCUCAGUUGGUCUGGUGUACAGAAGGUUCUUGAGUCCAAGCAGCACUUUGCCCACUGGUUCGUUGUUCUGGAGGACUCUCCUUGGGAGGAUACAUCUCACAUCGACAACAUGGAAGACGAGCGGAUCCCGUCUGACCUUCUGGAGACGGACGAAGCGGAGGAAUUGUUCAACGCCCACCUGGAGCAUUUACGGAACGAGUGCAGACGUGCGGAGAUGAGGCUGGAGUUUAAACACAAGCUCGCUUCUUCUCCCUUUGUCACACCUGGAAGACCUUGGGAGGAGGCUCGCAGCUUCAUCAUGAACGAAGAGUUCUACCAGUGGCUUGAGGAACCCGAGUACUUGGACCUUUACAACCGUCACCAAAAGGAGAUCAUUGACCGGGCUAAAGAAGACUUCCAGGAGCUGUUACUGGAGUAUUCCGAGCUGUUUUAUGAACUUGAAGUGGACGCCAAGCCAAGUAAGGAGAAGAUGGGGGCGAUUCAGGAAGUGUUGGUGGAAGAGCAGAGGUUCAAGGCGCUACAGAAGCUUCCGGCCGAAAGAGACGCUCUGGUAUUGAAGCAUAUCCACUUUGUGUAUCAUCCGACGAAGGAGACCUGCCCUAGCAGUCCCCACUGCGGAGACUCCAAGAUCGAACAACUCCUGGCUUCCCGUUUCCCGACUUGCUAUCCCUUUUUUGAUGCGAAGGCUCAUUUCGGUGAUACAAAGGCCGACAGAAUCAAUCUGGUCAUCCUGGGAAAGGACGGACUCGCCAGAGAAUUUGCCAACGAGAUUAGGGCUCUGUGCACCAACGAUGACUGGUACGUGUUGGACGGGAAGAUGUACGAGCUGACGCUGCGGCCCAUCGAGGGAAAUGUGCGUCUCCCCGUCAAUUCUUUCCACACUCCGACGUUCACCCCUCACGGGUGCCUCUGUCUGUAUAAUUCAAAAGAAUCCCUGUCGUACGUGAUCGAAAGUCUGGAGCGUCUUCGGGAAUCAACGCUAGGUCGAAGGGACAGCCAGCUAGCGCAGCUGCCGACGUCGCUGCUCUUGGUCACCAAAAGAGGCGUCGGCUCAUAUGUGGAUGUCGGUGGAGAAACUGCCUUAAACCUGAUAACGCAAGGACAGCAAGUUGCGAGGAGACUUCAGUGUAGCUUCUUAGAUCCCGCCUCUCCCGGUGUCGGCUACGGCCACAACGUCAGCGAGUCACAAAUCAAUCAGGUGCUCAGGAGCCUUCUGGAUAUUCGGAGGAGCACGUCCUUCAGUAGCAGUUCGCCUCCACUCCUCCCCGACCCCCCGGGUGUGAGAGAGUCUCCUCAUCAGCCAGCCCCGGAGGCGGAUCUUCGCAUCGUCAUGUGCUUAAUGUGCGGCGACUCCUACGACAUUGAACAGCUGCUGUCCCCUUUCCUGAUGCAUCAGCACUGCAGGCCCAUGUCGAACAGCGGCACUUCCGUCUUGCUCGAGCAGACCGUUGCGGGACACAAGCUCGCUAUAGAGCUAUCGGUCCUCUCAUAUCACGCCUCUUUCACAUUACGCAAGAGCAGGCUGGUGCACGGAUACUUUGCCGUGUACUCCGUUUCCCGAAAAUCAUCCCUGGAGACGCUGUGCGCGUUCUUGUGCGAGGUUCAGGACAUCAUCCCGGUGCAGCUGUUGGCAGUCGGGGAUAGCCAGGCCGAGCUGACGGAGAGCGACUACGCCCGGGAGCAGCAGAUCCAAGGAGAGGAACUCGCCCACGAGAUCGAAGGCCGUUUCAAUAGUGUGGUUUGCGGUUCCGGGGGUGUCGUGGGAGGCCUGCACAGGAUCGAGAUGUUCCAUCCCUUUCUCAUGGAGGUGGUGGAGAAGCGCAACAUUGUGGAAGCCACACACAUGUACGACAAUGUCGCCGAAGCGUGCACAAAUGAAAACGUGUACUCCCCGCGCUGCAGUUCUCCCAGCCCCGUCACCCUGUUCCUGGAUUCGGAGGACGAUGUGGAACCUUCACCACCGUACUACGACGGCACGCUGACGUCUCACCACGGGGGCUUCAACUUGCACGACUUGGACUCCAAUGACAUCUCUCUUAUCUCUGACAUUCGAGACCUGGAGAGCAAACUCAACAACAAGGUGCCCCCGCACGUCAGAGUUAAACCCGGCGUCACGUUCGAUUUUCGAAAGGUCAGCCGAAACCCAUACAUGGACACAGUCGGUCACCGGCGCUCGCUGCCGUCCGCCGUGACUUGGGUACCUGGGGGCGACGUGGGCUACGACCCCUCGGACUACGCAGAACCCAUAGAUGCCGUUUGCAAGCCCCGCCCCAACAACGACGAGAUCAUCUACUCGGUGCCACACGACAGCACGCAAGGAAAGAUCAUCACCAUCCGCAACUCCAAUAGGAUGCACUCCAAUGGCAAUGGAUCCGACAGCGAAGCAGACAGCAGCUCUCUGGAACGGAGGAGGAAAUUCUCCGCGGCGGGCGUGAAGCCCCGUCUGUACCGCGACCGCUCCAAGCGGCUCGGUAAGUUCAGCAGCUUCCGCAGCAGCUUCAUAGGCAGCGACGACGAGAUGGGAGCGCUGCCAAAGUCCAAGGAAGAUGACUUCGGGACACUGAAAGGUGAAAGUCUGGUCAAUGAGGAGAACGAGGACCCCAAGAAGAGGAAUAUUCUCAAGAGUCUUCGACGAACAGCCAAGAAAUCAAGACCAAAGCCCCGUCCGGCAAUCCCCAAGCCCAUUGAAAGCAACUAUUUUGGGGUGCCUUUAGUCAAUGUGGUAUCCCCGGAUAGACCCAUUCCACUCUUCAUUGAGAAGUGCGUUCGCUUCAUUGAGACCACAGGUCUAAACACAGAAGGUUUGUACCGCGUAAGCGGGAACAAGUCUGAAAUGGAAAGCAUGCAAAGGCAGUUUGAACAGGACCACGGAUUAGACCUGGUGGAGAAAGAUUUUUCCAUAAACACUGUGGCUGGAGCCCUAAAGAGCUUCUUCUCCGAGCUGCCUGAGCCCCUGGUGCCUUGUGCUCUGCAGGUGGACCUACUGGAUGCUUUCAAAAUCACCGACAGAGAGCAGCGGCUGUACACCAUGAAGGAUAUCCUGAGAAGGUUCCCCAGGGAGAAUUACGAUGCCUUCAAAUACGUCGUGAGCCACUUACACAAGGUGAGCCAGUUGAGCAGGCUGAACCUCAUGACCAGCGAGAACUUGUCCAUCUGCUUCUGGCCCACACUCAUGCGACCGGACUUCACCACAAUGGACGCCCUGACGGCCACGCGCACCUACCAGACAAUCAUCGAGAUCUUCAUCCACCAGUGUGCAUUCUUCUUCUACAACCAGCCGCUCAUCGACUCCCCCACAGGGCUCGGGGGGCUCCCGGCCUCGCCCACCACCACCCUCGGCGGGAGCUCGGCCUAUUCCUGCUACCGCUCCUCACCUCCGCACACCGGUGCGCAUUUCAGCCCGCUGCAGCAGCAGUCGCCUCCCACCACCCCCCAGUCCCCUCUGCAGUCCCUGCUCCCACCCUUGCACCAGCAUGCCCACCCUCACCCCCACCACUCCCCUGCUGAACAGGAGACACUGUGAGACGCCGAAGCCUCGUGUGCCCGGGAUGCGCCCUGGAACCUCACCGCCAACAUACAAACAUAAGAACUUCACGGUAAAUGAUAGCGAGGGGGGGAAUCACGCGAAUCCCAACCUCACACUGGUGUUUUUGAGGGUUGCCUGGAAUCGGACAUCAUAAAAGCUGGAAGACAUUCGCUGCCACGAUGUUUUUAUCUGUUUUUCUUCCUCAUGAAAGUACUGCCACUGGAUUUGUUGAACCUCUCGGUCCUUUAGGGUGGAAAUUUACGCCCCCUUGUGGAGGCAUUGGGGGUGUUCAUUUCAUUGGUAUUGGGGGUGGGGGGUAAGGGGUGGGGCUUACACAUCCAGGGAUGCACUUUAAUGUUAAUUUUUUCUUUUGGGGGGGGGGGCAAAUUGUGUGUUUUUAAUUUUGACAGCUCAGCCAUACCCAUUGCCUCUGCAGAAAGGAGCUCUGGCAGAUCAAACUUUGUUUACAUGAAAUGUUUUUUAAUUUGUUUUUCUUUUAUAUCCGCAUACGUACCUGAAGCACUUUUCGAUAGUGUAGCGUUACAUUUGAAUUGUCCAUUUUGCUUGUUUAGUGGUUGAGUCUGGCAUUCUAGUGCAAACAAGAUCCCCUAAUGUAAAAACUUUCAUUGGUUCCAUGAUCCCGGAGCGACUCCUGUUCCUCACUCAUCCGGCCUCAUCUGGCGGAAUAUAGUUUUAGAUUUGUCCUCUUUCUAGCUGUUGGUUGAGGUGAAGGGAUUUUUCAGGAAGUGGGAUUUGAUUAAUGUGGGUCAAGUUAAAAGCAGCCAUAUUUGAUCAGCACACAAGAUGCUUUUGUCUAAUAUUCCCUCCAGUUUCCACAUUUACCGCAAAUCCCGCUCAGACAAUAUCGUAAAAAGAAUCUGUGAAUGGCGACGCCACACGUGAAGUACUUUAGCAUAUCAUCCAGUGUUGAUGAAGAUCUUUUUUUUUUUUUUUAACCCUUAAAAUUUACCAGACAAAGCUCUGUGCUUCCUACGGGAAAAAAUGUGUUAAUCACUGGGUUGACAGUUUUUGUUGUUGUUGUUUUUUUCUGAGCAUCUUUGACUGGCACUUAGUAAGUACCACAAUGGAUUCAUUUUAAACAUUGUUCCUCCUCGGGGUCCAUCAUGAAACACAAUCGUGGCUGCUCGUUGCCAUUCAGUGGACAAAGAGUGACUGUCAACGUUUGUAGGCUGGGGGGAGGACACCAGUGAAGUGGUAGGAAACAUUUCUAGUGUGUGUUUCGGUGAUUGAAAGUCCGUUUGUACAAUUUUUUUUUUUUUUGUGAAGGGUUCAAGGCCACUUAAUGCAUGAUUUAAAACACACACCAUGGGAGAGGGAUGAAAGACUCUCCCUGUUUGAAAAUAUACAUCAAGUCCAAGGACAGAACAAAUGCUUCAAGCAAAAUGGCUUAUAGUACCGCGCACCAAGAGCAAUCCAUGAAAUUUGUCUGACUGAGCAAAUAGUGUUUGAAGAUGAAGGCCUUAUGUGAACUGUAUGAUAGUUAAUAAAUUAAAUCUUGUAAAA